AUGGCGCUCACGCCGCGGCACAUCCAGAACAUGUCGGAGGCGGCCGCCCUCGAGCCGCACUGGGGCUACGCGGACCGCGCCGUGCCCUGCACCAACGACCCCGGGUCCUGCGCCUACCUCGACGUCGUCUACGGCGCCCACGACCGCGGCAUGAUCUACACGGGCAUCUUCUGGCUCACCAUCGGCGGCAUCCUCCUCGUCUGGGCCAUCAGCCGCCGCCUCUUCCCCGCCCGCGAACCCCACGACGACCUCCUCGCCCAGCUCUCCGCCGCCCAAAAAGAAAAGCAAAAACAACCCAACACCACCACCAUCACCACCACCGACCCCGAAUCCCAACCCCCUCAAAUAACCACGACCCGGAAUCGACAUUCAAGCCGUGGAGUGUUGGGGCAGCACUUCUUUUUGUGCUUCACCGAGGGAAGCAUUUUCCAGAGCCCACCCGUUCACGCCGCUGUCACUGCCCGAUGGCGGAUGCCGCUGGGAAGGGUGAGGCACUCGUACAUCUUCCGGGCCAAGGGCGGCGAGACGAAGAAGAUUGCCGACGUGCUGGUGAAGAAGGCGGCCGCGGGGACGGCACUCGCCACGUCGGUCAUCAUGCAGGGGCCGUACGGCGAGAACAUUGCCGAGGGCCUGACGCAGGACGUCAACGUGCUCUGCGUCGCCGGCGGCACGGGCAUUACCUACGUCCUCCCGGUCCUGUUGCGCUUGGUCCGCGAGAAGCCGGCGCCGGGCCGGAAGUUGGAGCUGGUAUGGGCCGUCAAGAGGAGGCAGGACCUGGAAUGGGUCGAGCCCGAGAUGGAGGAGCUGCGCAGGCUGGGCGCUGCCCACGACCUGCGGAUCCGGACCUUUGUCACGUCGGAGCCGCUCACUGUGACGUCCAAGGAGGUCAGGGUGACGGACGACAAGGGGCGGACCGAAUCGGACGACGACAUCGAGUCGGCCCAGGACACGCCAUCAACGCGGAGUGGGACCGACCACAGACCCGAUGUUGCCGCCGCGGUGAGCGACUUUGUUGCCGGCGUGGCCCACGGCCAGACACGGGUGUUUGGUAGCGGGCCGGUAGGCAUGGUCGUGGAGAUGAGGGCGGCCGUCGCCAAGUGCAACUCGGGCGGUAAGGUCUGGAAGGGAGAGGAGCGGUUUGACGUGCGUCUCGUUUGCGAUGAUCGGUUAGAAUGGUAG